AUGGAGGUGGUGGAGGUAGUUACUGAAGAGGAUGUGGAGGAGGAGCAGAAGGAGAAGCAGGAAGAGGAUCAUCAAGCUCAGCCAAGGCCUGGACCUACCAGCCCCAGGCUGCCUCUGGAAGAACUGCAGGCUCUGCAGUUGGCUCUGGAACCAGUGAAUAGCCAGGCUGCCAGGGCCUAUGCCCGUCUGAAGCAGAAGCUGAAGCAGCGUCGCAAACCUCAACUGGAUUGCAGAAGGAGCAUCAUCCAGGGCAUUCCUGGCUUCUGGGCCAAAACCUUUGUGAACCACCCCCAGCUCUCCUCAAUGAUCAGUGACCAAGAUGAAGACAUGCUUAGCUACAUGAUUGACUUGGAGGUAGAAGAACGCAAGCAUCCCAGUCAUUGCUGCAAGAUCAUGUUAUUCUUUGGGAACAACCCUUACUUUCGGAAUGAAGUGAUCACUAAGGAAUAUCUUAUCAAUAUCAAUGGAUACAGAGUAUUUAAUUCCACUGUAGUUCAGUGGUAUCAGGAAUAUAAACGUGAAGCCUGCAGCCGCAGGCACCACAACAGCAGCCCUAACUUCUUCAACUGGUUUACUGAUCACAAUUUCACAGGCUCAGACAGGAUAACUGAGUCCCUUCCCAGAUCAUCAGUAAGGACUUGUGGCUUACUCCCCUGA